CUUUUUUAGUUUUCUUCGCUCAGCAUCAAGCUUCACAUUGACAAUUGUACAUUACGCUAUGUUGACAAGAAGUCGUUCAAGCACUCGUACAGUAGUAGAAAGCAGAACACGUACAAAGAGAAAAACAACAGACGACAAAGAAAAUAUACCAGAAAAAGUCUACACUCCAUCUGUAAAAAAAAGGGCAACAGCACUGAGUAGCAAAAACAGAAACUCAAAUGGAGAUGAAAAUACUAAAAUAAGGGAUAUUACAAAAGAUUUGAAAGAAACGAAAAUCGAUACGGAAAAGGCGGUUCGUUCACCUUCACCCAAUGAUACAGAUAAGUCCAGAAAGAACACCACUGUCUUUCAACGAGCCAAGGCUAUUUUCCGUCGAACAGCUAUUCCAGCCCGCCUAAUUGGUCGAGAAGAAGAACGAAAUUAUAUGAUGACGUUUUGGAAAAAACAUGUAUUGAAUAAUCAACCCGGUGGGCUUUAUAUCUCGGGUAUGCCAGGCACGGGCAAAACAGCCAUGUUGAAUGAAAUCAUGCGUAACCAAGAAUCCGCCCAUCGAUCACUGAAAACGCAUACGGUGAAGGUGGCAGUUGUGAAUUGUAUGACCAUCACUGAACCCAAGAUGGUUUACUCAACUCUAUUGGAACGAUUCAAUCAACCUUUGAAGUCUACAGCGACAGAUGCUACUAUUCAACAAGCAGAAGAAUGCUUUACUGCUCGUCAUACCACCAGCAGCAACCGUAAGAAGGAGUUACUUUACAUUGUUGUUUUGGAUGAAAUUGACUCUUUGAUCACAAGAGACCAGCAAGUGUUGUACAAAUUAUUCGAAUGGGCCCAUAGUCCCAAGUCGAGGUUGGUAUUGAUUGGUAUUGCGAAUGCUUUGGAUUUGACCGAUCGCAUUUUACCUCGAUUACGAGCCAAAAAUAUCACACCAGAGUUAUUGAAUUUCAAUCCUUACAAAGUGGAAGAAAUUACAGAGAUUAUUCGUGAUCGACUGGCUACGUUUUUGAAAGAGGAAGAAGAAGCGGAAACAGAAGAGAAGAAAGAAGAGAAGAAAGAAGAGCAGAGAUCGCCACAACAAAAGUUACUGUUUCAAGAGAAAGCGAUCGAGAUAUGUGCACGCAAAGUAGCAGCAGCUAUGGGCGAUCUCCGUAUUGCGCUCGAUAUCUGUCGACAAGCGAUCGAAUUAGUGGAAAUGGAGCAAAAGAGAAAAGUGCUGGGGGUUCAAAAUAGUAAUGGUACUCAUGUCUCUCCAAAGGAUGCCAUUUUGUCAAAGAAGAGUAAGGAUAUUGAAGCAACAGCAGUAGCCACAGGAACAUCAACUACAGCAGCCUCCUUACCUUCGGUGGUGAAUAUUACUGUGGUUCAUAUUCUGAAAGUGACGGGAAGUGUAUUCAAUGGCACACAGCAGAAGUUAAAGCAACUCAAUUUGCAACAUCAAGUCGUGCUGGGUGUGAUGCUGCUCAUGAUGCGUACUGUUACUAAAAGCAACGAUAAGGGUCAAUUUACACUAAGCGCAUUCCAUGAGAAAUACACAAAGCUUUGCCGUCAUACAGAGGCCAAAAUUCCUACUGUGUCAAGAACAGAAUUAAAUGAUGUACUGUCAUUAUUGGAAUCUUACAGUAUCAUUCAACUAUCUGGUAAAGAUGACAAAUCAAAGAGGUUGCAUCUAAACGUACAAGAGAGUGAAAUCAUCGAACUUUUCAACACCAAACCUAUAUUAAAAGCAUGGAUGGAGGAAGCCUUAGUCAAAGCAGGAUUGUAAAAAAAAAAAAACAAGAGUUAAUGUCGCCUCCGCACCUAUUUAUUUUGUAUGAUUCUUAUUUUCUGCAAACCAUACUGCAUUCAUUUUUAUAUACCUAUGGCAUAAGCAUGUCCCAUACAAUGUUAUUAUGGAUGAAAAACCAAACAAUAAAACAAAUCUUGUUGCUUUCAGCUUUCAAGAUUUUUGCUGUACAC